AUUUUUUGAUGGCAAACCCCACGCAUGACGGUGGUGCCGCAGCAGCAACGCCGCCACGUCGGCGUAGGCCGGGUAAACACGGAAGCGACGUCUCCAACUUGGGAGAAGCUCUCGAAUCGAUACGUUUGGCCCAACGUGGCCGCGAUGGUGAGGCUAGGGAUGCCCCCUUGUCUGGUGGUGCUGCUAUUCUCCACCAUCUUCAAAGCGGUGGGUUGACGGCACCACCAGCGCCAACGGUCUCUCGUGACGGUGGCAUCCAAGUCCACCCCUCUCGAUCGUUUACGAACCAGUCGGUGAAGAUCGCCGUGCACUUGCCAUGGACGGCCACGCCGCACCCGCGCACGCUCGUCCUCGGUCUGUUCCGAGCGAGUCUCAAGGACCAGUCGCGGCCCAUCUUCAUUCGAUCGCUGCAUUUCCAAGGGUCGACGUCGACGCGCGUCCAAGUUCGGGCGCCAAAAACGAUCGGCGAGUUUGAGUUUCGCGUGUACGACGAGCUGUCGCCCGAGUCGCUCGUGCUGCCAGCGAUGCCGCUGACCGUUGCCGUGAAUCUCCCAUACUUUGAGGAAAGCUCAAACACCCUUGAAUCCAAGCUCGACCAUGCCGUCGCGACCCAGGACAUCCAAGCUGCCGUGGCGGCCAUCAUGGCAUAUGCCAGGGUCCUGGAGGCCGUGCCGACGCUGUAUCCAGCGCAUGGAGCCCGCCUUAGCGGACUCUUGACGCGCCUCUUGGAGCUUCGGUGGGAUAUGGAAGAGUGGCAUGACAAAGCCGACGACGGUGCCGAGAGCAGCGUCCAUGGCGCGCUGCGAUCUUUUCUCCACACGGUCGAAGCCAACCGCCACGUCUGGGACAUCGUGGACCCCGCGACGCACCAAGCCAUUGACUUUGCGCAGCGCCACGAGUACUGCGGGGUCGUCGAUCGAUACUUUUCGUCGUUUGCCGCCAAGCAAGACUUUUGGUCGGUGCACGUCGGCGUGCGGCCGCAGGAAACGACGUUGUCCACGUGGUGGCCCGCGCUCCACGUCGCCACCAACGUCUGGAUGGACGAUUUGUGCCGUCAACUCAUGCCUGAUUUGGCUGCGUUCUCCGCCACCCGCCAAACCAUCUACGAGCGGGUCAGCGCGGUCGUUCAAACGAUUCCGACGCCGCCCAACACAACGGUCGCGCUGGACGUGUUUGGUUCAUCCAACAACUUUUUCGGGUCCAUGGCGAGCGACAUGGACAUGUGCUUGGUCGUGCAGCCUCCCGUGCAAGACCCCAAGAUCAAGCAGCGGCUGCUGCAGCUCCUCAUUGCACGGCUUCCUCCCACCCAGUUUGCGCACGUGGAUACGGCCCGCCUCACGGCGCGCAUUCCCAUUGUGAUGUUCCAAGACAUUGCGUCGACGAUCGAGUGCGACGUGUGCGUCGAGAAUGCCCUGGCCCUGCGCAACACGCGCCUCCUACGCACGUACGCGUUGAUCGGUACACACGUUUUAGUGUCGAUGGCUCGCCACCAAGUGCGCUCAUGUGGCAGACCCGCGCGUCCGGCAACUCGCGUAUCUUCUCAAGCACUGGGUCAAGCAGCGCGGCAUCAACAACGCCGCGGAUGGCACGCUGAGUUCGUACGGCUACAUCCUCUUGCUGCUGCAUUAUUUGCAGCGAACGGAGCCACCGGUGCUCCCCGUCCUGCAAACACUGCCCCCGACGUGGCAAGGUAGUGUCUGGGAUGUAUCACUGUGUUUCGGGGACGUCGGACGAGGUGGCGCAUGGCUUGACUCGCCGCGCCGUUUUUUCCACGUAGGCGCGAUUCGAUGCGGAUGCUUGCGUGGCGACCCGCCCUGUCGUUUUCGAAGCCCGACAUGUGCGUUGACGGAGCGCCUGGACGAGAGCGGGUUGCCCUCGGUGGUGUUUCAAGGCCACGAAACCUACUUUUUCGACCCCGUCCAGGACAUGCAGUGGCAGUGGCUGCAUCAGUUUGCCGCGGCCAACACGCAGUCCGUGGCCCAGCUCUGGCUCGGUAUACCGCGCGUCGCUCGACGUUGUCCACGUUGUCGUAGGUUUGUUUCAGUAUUUCGACACAUCGUUCGACUACGCGUCGCAUGUGGUGUCGAUUCGAAUGGCGCGGUACGGCCUUUGACUCGAUAAACGUGCCACCAUGCCGACUCGCGGUAGACCGCUGUUCAAGGCGGAGAAGGCGCAGUGGAAAUAUCACGCGCGCCUCAUGAUUGAGGACCCGUUCGAGUUGGAGUAUGACGUGGCCCAUGUUGUCAAAGGCGCCAAGUUCAAGCUCACGCGGCAAGAAUGGGCCAAGAUGCAUUGGACAUUGAGCCAAGCCAACGUGGACGAAGUAGCCGACGCCGAUGCCGUGCUCGGCCAGCUCUUUCAGAAACGACACGAUGGUGUCCGUGCGAAAGACGCCAGUGACAACGACACUGGCGGCGGCGGCGGCGAUGUGGCUACUUAACUCGCAACGACGUGUCUCUCGGUGCCUCGCAGUGUGCGGACGGCACACCACCGACCGUACCGCGCGAUGCACUGACUAAACGAUCGAAUUCAGACGCUUUGUCCGGUCGCA